UCUCUGUUAUGGGAAGGGCCCCGGACCUGGGCCCCUCUCUUUUCUCCUCGAGUUUAGUUUGCACAGCUUUGCUGAGAUCACACAUUUCGAUGGGAAUAGAGAAGACAAUUGCGCGUCCAUCAGAUUAAACCAACAGUCGUUCUUUUUUCCUUAUUAUUCAUUUAUUUUAUUGUCCUCAGCUGUUUGUUUUGAUCCGAUUUAAAGGGGCACCCCAUUCGGGUGUGUUUAAUAACUGCAUGAUCUGGGAGUUCCUCUUCUUGCGCGUCUGUUUUGGACCCUGUAAUGGAAUGACCGACAGCAAACCAUGAACAAAAUGGAGAACAAGGCUCUGGAGAGCAGUUUUGAAGAGAAACUCACGCUUUCGGAAAAAGUUCUCACAUCUCCUCCGGAGACCAGUAGCACUCUUGAGAAAGAGAAUGAAAUGGACUGUGAAAUCCCGAAAGUUGAUGACACAACGGUCACAGACUCCUCCCUCAUAACAGAUCCGCCCUCAAAAACGGAGCCAAUCAAAUCUGACCCGAGACCCACCACACCUGGAGGCACAGCCAAUUCCCCACCUCAAAUAGAUGGGAUAAGUUCGGGGCAACGGCAGAAACAGGCCAAACAGAGGCGAGAAGAGAGAGCCAAAUAUCUGGAACAGAAAACGCAGGAGCAAGCGGCGAAGAAAGCUCAGUGGUUGGAGAAGGAAGAGAAGGCACGGCGUUUGCGUGAAAGCCAGCUGGAGGAGCGCAGGAGGAAGUUGGAGGAGCAAAGACUGAAGGCAGAGAAACGAAGAGCCCUGCUGGAGGAGAAAAAGAGACUGAAAUUCGAAAAGAACAAGGAGCGUUAUGAAUCCGCCAUAAAGAGAUCUACCAAAAAAACAUGGGCUGAGAUUCGUCAGCAGAGGUGGUCUUGGGCCGGCGGAUUGAACCAGACUUCACGCAGAGAGAGCAGAUGCUCGGCCUCCACGGUCAACCUGCCGCGACAGACGGAGCCUGUGCUAAACAACAGGCUGUCCAAGUCCUCUGCCACACUCUGGAACUCGCCCUGCAGAACCCGCAGUUUGCAUCUGAGCCCGUGGGAGAGCCGCAUCGUGGAGAGGCUGAUGAUGCCGACUCUUUCCUUCCUGGCUCGGAGUCGGAGCGUAGCCACCCUACAGAACAGCAGUGACCCCCAUCAAUGUUCGCGCUCUUCGUCUGUGUCUCCUCUGACCGGCUGCUCUCAUCGUCGUCCUCACCAGCACAACACUGAACGCUGGCGAGUCUCCAGCAGCACGCCUGACAUCACACAGCGCCAACACAGACACAACGCUACACGGUUUGAGAAGAAGAAGAAAGAAAAGAAAGACAAGGAACGAGAGAAUGAAAAGGAGAAGAAUGCUCUGUCUAAAGAGCACGUAGAAAAGAAGAGACAGUCCCAGACCAUCAAUAGGACAAAAACAGAAGCCUGUCCAAAUGUCAAAGCCAAAAACAGAUCGUCUUCACCUGUGACCCCCAGAAGUCGUCCACUCUCCCCCAACCCUGCAGGGUCCUCCAAGCCCGGCUCAUCUUCUGGUCGGACCCCUCCUGGCACCAAGACCCGACCCAAACGAGCUCAGACUCCCGCCCGCGUGCAACAACCUGCCGUCGUUGCUGUCACCGUGGAAACGAAGAAAGAGCCCAGUCAGGCUGACCCACCCAAGGAGACAAAUGCAACCCCCAGUAUUCCUGACAUCACCGUAUCCUCUGCUCCGGCCACGCCCCCCACUGCUUCUCCACUGAUCAAAACAGCCGCUCAGACUCCAGAGGCGGCCAAAGUGGUCUCCACUGCUUCUAGAUCUCUCUCUCCAGAGCCUGGACCUCUGGUUGCCAAGCCAACAGCUGGGACCAGUGACCCUGAGGAAGCGGCCAGGGUGCUGGCGGAGAAGAGACGUCAAGCCCGUGAGCAGAGAGAAAGAGAGGAACAAGAUAAACGAGAACAGGAGCAGAGGAGCAGAGCACUGCGUGAGGAGCACGCCAAGCGUGAGGAGGAGGAGAGGAGGCGAAGGGAAGAGGAGGCGCGCUUCAUGGCAGAGCAGCAGCGUCUACAGGAGGAGAGAGAGGCACAGGAGAGAGCACAAGCCGAGCAGGAGGAAAACCUGCGACUCCAGAGACAGCGAGAAGAUGCCGAAUCCAAAGUCAGAGAAGAAGCAGAGAGACAGAGAAUUGAGAGAGAGAAACACUUCCAGAAAGAAGAACAAGAGCGCCUAGAACGAAAGAAGCGUCUGGAGGAAAUCAUGAAAAGGACUCGUAAGAGUGACGCAGGAGGACAGAAGGACGCAAAGUCUCCAGCGCAAGUGAAUGGCAAAAUCUCUGACAGCGUAAUCCAGAAAAAUCCUUCAGACUCUAUCCAUAGUGGUGUGACAAAUUUAAACCAAUCACAGGGUGACAUGAAAACAAGCCCUAUGUCUUGGGAUUCGUCCCCAUUAAUUAAUGGUGUCCAGACCAACAAGCAUCAGAAUGGACUUUCCUCCAAUGGAGAGACAGCAGAUUUUGAGGAAAUCAUCAAGCUGUCCAAUCACAGUGGCAGUAGCAGUGGGCAGGGUCAACCUGCUGACCCAAUCAUGGCCUUUGAGGGUGGGGAACCCUUCAUGAUGAAGGCGGGGCCUAUUAAACCUCAACAUGUGGCAGAGGUUCUGUGAGUGCGGAUCUCUAUGAAAGAGAAGGAAAGCCUUACGCUUAUAGAGCUCAAGAGAGCAACUGCUUCCACCUGUGACGUGUGCCAAACCAACGUAGACUGCAUUAACUUUACAAACACUGCAAGACUGAAAGCUCCCAUUUCUGUGGAAGCACUUUGUGAGUCUGUAAUAGGGGGAGGAGAACCUUAAAGACACUUUUAUACGUAUAAAUAGUUUGCAAAUGUCUGUCUAUUUCACUGUGUGUCAUGGUGCAGCAUUGUUGAGUUUCUAUUAAAAAGUCACCUGCCUAUUAUGUGGUGCACCUUUAAAGAGUCACUAUAUAAUGAAUUUUAGGAAGAAAAUUAAACAAAUGUUUGCUAUCGUUAUGAUAUGAAUUAUUAUUAUUGUUAUUGUUGUUGUUAUGAUGUAUUGUUACUGUUCUUUUUAAGUAGAAAAAGUGUAUGUCAUGAAAUAUUGUAUUAUUUAAUAUGUGGAGCAUCAGAGGAGGGUGAUAUUCUGUGUUUUAUUGUAUAUUUGCCUGACUAUGACAUACCUGUGGAAUAAAUCUUUAUGAAAGGGUUUUGUGUGUGGGAGUGUAU